GGAGGCAGGGGCUGGGCUGAGCCUGUCCCCCCAGCAGUCCCUGCUCACCAUGGAGGAGAUCGACUCCGUGGAGGAGACGCAGGUGAAGGAGCGGAAGUGCAUCUUGCUCCGCAUCCGCGGUGGCAAGCAGUUCGUGCUGCAGUGCGACGUGAGUGUGCCCGCUGGGCUAGCCACCUCCUGCUGGGUGCUAGCCAUUCCCUGCCAGUCACCAGUCACCCCAGCUGGGUGCUAGCCACCUCCUGCCACUUGCUAGCCAUCCCCUGCUGGGUUCCCAUUGCUUCUGCUGGGCACUAACCCACCCUGCUGGGGACUAGCUACUUCCUGGCUGGCUG